AAUGGCAACUUUGGCUUUACGCACCGGAAAGGAGAUUAUGCACAAUGCCGGUUGGGUGCUGGACGAAAAUGAAGAAGCCUGCUACAUAGACAUUGUGGACGAUGAUGAUAAAAAAUCCGACAUUGAUGAAGAAAAUCGGGUCUAUUCAGAAUGGAAUAAUUUGCCAGAUUUAGUGUUAGAACAAAUAUUCACAUAUCUAAAGCCGAGAGAGCGAUACUAUGCAAGUUUGGUUUGUAAACAAUGGCAUCGUGCGUUCUAUUUGCCCACGGUAUGGGACAACUUCCUUGUCGACGAUUGUACGCUGACACGGCAAAAAUACAAUUACUAUUCCGGUUGGCAAUACUGUCUCGAUCAUAUGCGCACACAAAAUUGCCUGGCACGUAUUGGGCGCCAUUUGCGUGGUUUGGAAUUUCGUCCGGAAAUCUCAUUUAAUAAUAUUUAUCAGUUUAUGACGUUGCUGACGUGGAGUAUUAGUCGGGGCUUGGAACCCAAUGGGCCACAGGAUAUGAAGGGAAUGGGUUCACGUAUACGUUCGCUGGUUUAUAUUUUCCCUUGUAAUAUGGCACAAGCUGAUGAUCCGGAGGGAAUUAAAUUAUUUGGUACUGGUGGCCAGUUGUUGAAGGGUUUGAAGGAUCUCUUAUCGAAAUUGACAAAUUUGAGAACUCUGAAAUUGGUGGAUUUUGUAUUGGAACGUUAUGAAGCUAAACAUUUAUUAGAUGAGGUGCUGGAUGCGUGUUGUACGAAAAUGAGGGUGCUGAAUUUGGUGAAUGUCACAUCGUUGCAUUGCCCGAUUAUGCAUGUCGGGUUGUUUUUGAAUUUGCAGGAAUUAACAAUUUCCCCCCAAAACAUAGAUGAUGAUGUCCUGAUGCUCUUGGCCGACACAAAAUUGAAACAUUUAUUUUUACUGCAAAACUGUUAUACUACCUCCUAUUUGGCCAUUGCCCAUUGUAGUGUUAAGGCUUGGCGCAUGGUCAAACGUGAUAAUCCCGGAUUGAAGGUCCACCUGCGCUUGGAGUCCUUGAAGGAUGGCGAGGUUGUUUUCCAACCCGAGGCUCCUGUCUAUAGCAUAACCUAUAGAGCGCCAAAGACACAGAUCCAUCCUGACACCCUCAUCAAAAUGGUUGAUCACUACAAAAACUCCCUGGCCAUUUAUAGUUUUGAAAUGCUACCGAAAUUCACCAGUCCCAAAUCGUUUCACAAUCGUAUCGAUUCUCUGAUGCUGCUGAUGUGCCGACAAUGUUAUAAUUUAAAUACUUUGGUUAUUCGCGAAAAGGUAUCAACCUCCACGGUGUUGCUAAUAGCCCGAACAGCCAAAAAUCUGAGGCGUCUGCAUGUGCGUCGCUUUGCCACAAUUAUACGCUGUGAUUGGCCCCGCCAUCCCGAGUGGUCGGAUGAAUUUCACAUUUGGCUGAGACGUUCCUGCCGCAGUUAUGAGGCUGUCGAACGUGAAGUAUCACAAAUUUUAGGUUAUAAAUGGCACUUUUUAAGCGAUCAAGAAUUCAAGGCUGUCACGGUGGAUGUUAAAAGUGAAUGGUGAAGAGGAAG